AUGGACAGACGGCGAGAGCGUCGCGCAUCCUCCGUCGCGACGGGCGACGAGAUCCCCGCGUGCCAGUCCUGUCGCCGUCGGAAAUUGAAAUGCUCCCGCGAAACGCCCUCGUGCUCGCAGUGCUCGAGACUGUCGUGCCCCUGUGUCUAUGACCGGAAGAAGCAGAAGCCCGGGCUGAAAAGCGGUGCGGUGGAGAGCUUGAAUAGGCGUUUAGAGGUUUUGGAAAGAAUACUGCUCCAUGGCGAUGGUCAAAGGCGGUCGCCAACGGCAGCAGCGGCAGCAGCUGGAGUCGACGCCCGGGGAUGCGUUUAUCAUGCUGCGCUGCUCAUUGCAAACUCCGUCAGUGGCAUCAGUCACAGGGACAGCAACGACAGUUCGCUGUCAGCUGCGCCGUUGAAUUGUCAAAGAGAAAUACCCCUGAACUGCGGAAAUGGAUUACCCACAGAACUCCUGCCAAAGAAGCGCAGAAUAGAUGACCCGACGACUGCACUUGCAGAUACACCAUCACUACCCUCACUGCACAUCCUGGAGGCCAUUUUCCAGACGUACUUCUCCAAGAUCCAUCCCUGGCUGCCGUGUGUGCAUCAGCCCACAUUCGAAGCUCGACUGAAGAACGAGAGAGAAGCUGAGAAGAUGAAAGUCCUCGUUCAUGCCAUGAUCUGUGCUACGAUGCGCCAUGUCCCGCUCGACAAGCUGGGCCUCACAGACGAAGAGAGAGACCAUCAGAUCCGCCUCUCUCGAGACACUGUCAUGAGGGAUGCGAUGGCCAGUCUGUCGGUGGAAAAUCUGCAGGCGCUGAUCAUUGUUGCUUCGGAUCAUAUGGGCGGAGGCAACUUGACCAGCGCGUGGCCGAUUAUCGGAUCCCUGACGAGAACGGUCGAGUAUCUGCAGCUCACCAUCGAGACGGACGAGAAACCGCAGCAGGCGUUCUUGCGGCCGCUGUCCUUGCUCGAAGACCCACGCAGCUGGGCGGAAGCAGAGGAGCGGAGGAGAGUGUUUUGGAAUGUCUUUCUGCUUGAUCGACUCUGUUCCAUUACAACAGGAUGGAGCACCAGCCUGACAUCCGACGACGUCCGGCGUCGCCUGCCCUGCGACGGAAAAAUCUGGGCCAGAGGCGAGCGAGCGAUAACGCCGUACUUUGGCAUCUGGGACAAAUCAGCAGCCAAGAUUGGCAACCCCAUCGCUUGUAUCCAGCGCUCUCCGCCGGCUUCCUCGGAUGCCGUGCCGAGUAAGAGCAGUGCUACUUCUCCUGCGUCCGACUCCCCGAAUGUAGGAGCCUUUGCAUACCGGAUUGAGGCGACCGAGUCGCUGAGCCAGGUCACGUCGUUCUUCCUCCAGCAGCCUGUCAACUUUCGGAACCGGCAGGAGGUGGGAAGCUGGCUUACGCGGUUCAAAGAGCUUGAUCUGCGGCUGGUGCACUGGAAACUCUUCCUCCCGCCCAAGUGGAAAGACUCAAACGUCUCGCCCGACGAGACAGUCGUCAAGAUGGACCCGAACCUGACACUCGCACACAUCACGCAUAAUACGUCUAUGAUCCUGCUCCACCAACACAUCGCGUAUCCGCCGCCCGAGCUGAGCGAGAUCGUCAAGCUGCCCAGCUCCUGCAGCGCCGAGACCUGCCAGCUCGCCGCCAUCGAGACGUCGUCCAUCUCGCAGAAGUAUCUCAAGUACACUGAUUCGUCGGAGAUUGUGACGGCGCAGUUUGCUUUCUGCGCGUUUGUCGCCGCGAGGGUGCUGCUUGUCCACUGGAGAUUCUACGGCACAGCCUUGGCUCAGGAGUUUUUCAAGCUUGUGGAGAGUCUGCAGGACAUGUCUCGUCGAUGGAAGGGUCAUCUACCGGAGCAGACCGAUCGUGCAGAUCUUGCCGCGAGAUAUGCCUCGCUGCUUCAGGCUCUGCACACGAAAUGCCUCAAUGAACCUGACUUGCGGCCGGAGCUGCUAUUCCAGUACGAUAUCACUUCUGAUCUCGAUGCCAAGGCUUGCAGGGAUCGUUCUUUUUCUGUCCGGGGAGUAGUGGAGUCAUCCUCGAGACACACAGGCCACGACGAAGGUCAUUCACCAGCAGUCGAGGGGUAUCCGGCCCAGAGAGUCGAUGGCAGUCCUGCCUCUUCGAGGGGUUUCGGACAGACAUUUCCGGCGCAGAAUGCCGCCAGUCCUUACAAUUCUCAUCCUGAAGGACCCUUCUACAACCACAUCUCUCCCAGCAACGCGAAUGCGUCAAUCGGCCAUCCAACACCUCGACCUGCCCCGGCGGGAAUUCCUUCUCAUCUGUCCUCUCCAGCGAGCAACAACCAGAACAUACCCGCCCACGUCCCGCUGCGUGAGCAUCAGACGGGCAUAGAAAACAACAACGAGCGACAAAACGUCGACCGUGGCGACGCGACAGAAGACGAACUGACCAUGAUGUCCAACGCGCUGCUGGGGCAGCAGUUUUCGGAACUGGACCGCGUGAUCACGCUCGACGGGACGGAUUUUGCGUUCGAUAUGAGCAUGAGUUAUGGGUAUGGUUGGCCUUCCUAG